AGCUUUACGUUCUGGCGCUGGUGGCCGCAGAGUCGCCUUCGUGACAUGUGGCGUCGCACGUGUGGCGUCAUCAGCCAUCGCCGCAAGCAUCCAUAGACGCCGCGACCUCCUGGGCUGCGGGAUUUGAUCCGAGAUGCUGCGGUUGUACCGGGCCGCUUCACAGGCCUGGCUUCGACCCUCUGGCUCCCGGGUCCUUAACUCGCUAGCUGGAGACGCGGCGCGGCCAGCCGAGACUUCGGAGCCGGGGCAUAGCGCAGGUCUCCUAGAUCCCGUGUUGCGCAAGUGCGAGCACCGGAUCCCGGCGCCCCGACGCCCGGUACAGGCCUGGGUCGAGUCUCUGCGAGGCUUCGAGCAGGAGCGCGUCGGCCUGACGGAGUUGCACCCCGACGUGUUUGCCACGGCGCCCCGGCUGGACAUUCUGCACCAGGUUGCCAUCUGGCAGAGGAACUUCAAGAGAAUCAGCUAUGCUAAGACCAAGACCAGGGCCGAGGUGAGUGGUGGUGGCCGCAAGCCCUGGCAACAAAAAGGCAGUGGCCGUGCCCGGCAUGGCAGCAUCCGUUCCCCCAUAUGGCGGGGAGGAGGCGUAGCCCAUGGUCCCCGGGGCCCUACAAGUUACUACUACAUGUUGCCCAUGAAAGUGCGAGUACUGGGCCUCAAGGUGGCCUUGACUACCAAGCUGAUGCAGGAUGACCUACACAUUGUGGAUUCUCUGGAGCUACCCACUACAGACCCCCGGUACCUGACCGAGCUGGCCCAGUACCGUCACUGGGGGAAUUCCGUGCUCCUUGUAGACCUGACACAUGAGGAGAUGCCCAAGAAUGUCGUGGCGGCCACCUCGGGCCUCAAAAGCUUCAACCUGAUUCCCGCAGUUGGCCUGAAUGUGUACAGCAUGCUCAAACACCAGACUCUGGUCCUCACCCUGCCUUCCAUCGCCUUCCUGGAGGACAAGCUACUCUGGCAGGAUUCAAGAUACACACCGCUCUACCCCUUCCGCUUACCCUACAGUGACUUCCCCUAACCCUGUCCUGGUCACCUGGGGCCCAGGUCAGCAUACCAGCCAUCCUGCAAAGAAGCUGUUCCUUGGAAGCUGUUGGGCCUUGAUGCCACGAGAGGAUAACUACACAGAACCAAGAUGAGUGUCUGCCUAGGAUCUCUUUUGUCACAUCAAAAAUAAGCUUUAUUUUUCACAAGACUUGGAAAGGAGCUGGCCACUGCUGUGGGAUCCCAUCAGCUCUUAGGCUGUUCAUCCAGUGCUGGGCAUCUUUGGUGCCUCUCCUCCAGGGCUCACAGCCUGCUUUGAUACAACUGCCAGGACGACUUUCUC